AUGCCAAAAUACAGUGCAAAGCAACAAACAGUUGCUGCCUUAAAGAAAUCGCGUAAAAUCAGAAAAUUUGUAGCGAAGGAAAAAAAAAGUCUGGUACAAUCUUUAUCAACAAGCGCAGAUGAGCUGUUGAAAAAUAUUUCAGAAGUCCUUGAAGAGGAAGUUGAUGCAGAGUUGGAGAAGAUAGCUGCUGUGGAGGAUCUUGAGCAGAACCUUCAAGCCAACAGAUACUUACACAAGGUCGACAAUGUAUUGCCAGAUCUUGAGUCAAAGGAAAGAACACUUGACUUCUUCGAGAGUCUAGGUGCAUAA